CCUACGUUGCCCACCACCUGUUCGCCGCUAGGCCCCGGAGCGGCGCCAUGGCCGACCAGGCCACGCCAUGGCCUCUGCGGCCCCUGCUGCUCCCCUUCCCCUUCCCCCUCCCCCUCCCCCCCCUCCCUCCUCCUCCUCCUCCUCUUCCUCCUCCUCGCGCCGUUUCAGGACGCCGCCGCCGAUGCGGCCCGCGACGCCGACGUGCUCCUCAAGUUCAAGGAGACGCUGGCCUCCGGCGGUGGCGACGUGGCGUUGCACAACUGGGUCGCGGGAUCCAGCCCGUGCAGGGCGAACGUCACGCAGUGGGCCGGCCUGCUCUGCAACCUGGACGGCAGCGUGCGUGGGCUGCAGCUGGAGAACAUGAGUCUGUCCGGCGCGCUGACCACCGACGUGCUCGUGGACCUGCCGGCCCUCCGCACCCUCAGCUUCAAGAACAACAGCUUCGAGGGGUCGAUCCCGGACAUGUCCAAGCUCCGCGCCUUGAGGUCCCUAUACCUGUCCGGGAACAAGUUCUCCGGGGCGAUACCGGACGCCAUGUUCUUGGGGAUGCAGUGGCUGAAGAAGGUGCACCUGUCUCGGAACGCAUUCACCGGGCGCAUCCCGGGCUCGCUGGUGGGGGCGGCCAGGCUGCUGGAGUUGAGGCUGGACGACAACCAAUUCGAGGGCCACAUUCCGGACUUCCGGCAAUCGGGAUUGUGGCUAGUGAACGUGUCGUACAACAACCUCGAGGGCCCGAUCCCCCACCGGCUCGCCAAGAUGAGCCCUAAUUGGUUCGAGGGCAAUGAAGAUCUCUGCGGCGCACCUCUCAGCGACGCAUGCGGGUCGCCUUCAACGAAGCUCUCGGCGGCGCUCAUAAUCGCCAUCAUAUCGAUAACCAUCUCGAUACUGCUAGUCGUUGCAGCGCUGAUCCUUAUCGCGCGGCGCCGGGAGAAGGAAGAAGAAGCACAAACAACCCAACUCCCGUCCAGUAAAUCCAUAAAGAUCGAGCACCUGCCGGCAGACAAGCCGGAUCAUCGCCCAGCGCACCACGGCGGAGGGAAGAAGGUGCCCAAGGAGGAGCAGGGCAAGUUGAUAUUCGUGAAGGAAGGCGCGGUGAAGUUUGACAUCCAAGACCUGCUCAGGGCGUCGGCCGAGGUUCUCGGCAGCGGCAACUUCGGGUCCUCUUACAAGGCCAUUCUGCUGGAAGGCCCGGCCGUGGUCGUGAAGAGGUUCAAAGAGAUGAACGGAGUCGGAAGAGAAGACUUCCACGAGCACAUGAGGAGGCUGGGAAGGCUGUCUCACCCCAACCUUCUUCCCCUCGUGGCUUACUACUACCGCAAGGAGGAGAAACUGCUGGUCACCGACUACGUCUUCAAUGGGAGCUUGGCUCACAUGCUUCACGGCGGCCAUGGGUCGAACCUUCCGCCGCUGGACUGGCCUGCGCGGCUCAAAAUAAUCAAAGGCGUCGCCAGAGGCCUCGCCUACCUGUACGAGGAGCUGCCGAUGCUGACGGUGCCCCACGGCCACCUCAAGUCCUCCAACGUCCUCCUCGACUCCGCCUUCGAGCCCAUCCUGUCGGACUACGCCCUCGUGCCGGUGAUGAACAGGACCCACGCCUCGCAGAUCAUGGUGGCCUUCAAGUCCCCCGAGUGCGUGCAGAGCGGGAAGCCGUGCAAGAAGAGCGACGUGUGGAGCUUCGGGAUACUGAUGCUGGAGAUACUGACGGGCAAGUUCCCGGCGAACUACCUGCGGCAGGGGAGGGUGGGCACGGAUCUGGCCAGCUGGGUGAACUCGGUGGUGAGGGAGGAGUGGACGGGCGAGGUGUUCGACAGCAACAUGAAGGGGACGCAGGGAGGGGAAGGGGAGAUGCUGAAGCUGCUCCACAUAGCCCUAGCCUGCUCCGACACGGACGCCGACAAGCGAUGCGAGCUGGGGGAGGCGCUGGCCAAGAUCGAAGACUUGAAGGAGUACGACGACGGCCACUCCCUGGUCGUGGGCUGACUGACACCCAACCGUUCCUACUCCGCUUUCUUUCUCGGCAAAUAAUAUAUGUAUGUCUCCGUAUGUAUGCAUGUGUGUAUGUAAUUGAGGGUUGCGAACGUGAGUUGGUUUGUGAUAUACGAUGGACUUCGACAAACACUUUUGU